AUGCGCUGGACGCAGAGUCAAUCACCAUGGACCCGCUGUCUGACCACGGGCGCGCUGCUAUCACUGGCCCUCGUCGCAUUCCUGGUGUACAACGGCCAGUUCUCGACCAAUGCCACUAAAUACGUGAUCAAACCUUCAGGACCGCCGCAUUCCUCUCCAUCCUGCGCCAAUAGUAGCAUAACUUGGGAAUUCGAUGUCCAGCAGGACGGGAAUAACCACGGGCUGUCGGACGAGCAGUGUCGCGCCGCAUUCCCGAAGCUCUUUGUCGAGCUCGACAAAUCGGCCUCGUUCCGUGAAAGCAAUCCGAUUCGAUUCCAGGAUCUGGACGGUCUGGCCGUCGAUGAUGGAAUGGUGCGGGGGAUUAUCGAGAAUGGGGAGCUGUACAUCGUGGACUACGGCGCCAUGCCAUUCACCUUUUCCCGAGCCAAAGCCACCCUGCAUUCCCUGCAACGAGCCCUGGCCGCCUUCCCGGACCGCCAUCUCCUCCCCAGCGUCGAGUUCGUCUUCACAACGGACGACUACAGCACGGGCGUCGGGCCGAUCUGGUCCUACUCCAAGCGCGAGGAGGACGAGAGUGUUUGGCUGAUGCCCGACUUUGGCUACUGGUCGUGGCCGGAGGUGAAGAUCGGGCCGUACAAGGACAUCCGGCGGCGCAUCGCCGCCGUGGACAACGGCGAGACAACAGUCACGGGCGAAGUCAUCCCCGGCACCCGCUUCGCCGACAAAAAGAAGCAGCUCGUGUGGCGCGGCAGCGUCGCGCCGAACCCGGGCAUCCGGGGCAAACUGCUCAAGCAGACGCAGGGCCGCAGCUGGGCCAGCGUGCGCGUGCUCGACUGGGACGACGAGAACGACCUCCGCUUCAACCUGCUGCCCAUGGAGGAGCACUGCAGGUACAUGUUCCUCGCGCACACGGAGGGCCGCAGCUUCUCCGGCCGCGGCAAGUACCUGCUCAACUGUCGGUCGGUGGUGGUCUCGCACCGGCUGAUCUGGCGCGAGGCGCACCAUGCGGCGCUGAUUGCGACGGGGCCGGAGCAGAACUACGUCGAGGUCGAGCGCGACUUCUCCGAUUUGCAGCGUAAGAUUGAGUUCCUCAUUGACCGGCCGGAGACGGCGGAGCGCAUCGCGGAUAAUGCGGUGCGCACCUUUCGAGACCGCUAUCUUACCCCGGCCGCCGAGUCGUGCUACUGGCGGUAUCUGAUUCGGGCGUAUGCGGCGGCCUGCGAGUUUCAGCCGGUGUUGUAUACGACGCGCGACGAUGGGACGAGACAGACGCGUGGGACGCCGUUUGAGAGCUGGGUGUUGACUGCGUCUUAG